AUGCAGACUGGAGAAGUCAUGAGCCCGCAGGACUCCAAGGCACCAGGGGCCGAGGCCACGGAGGAACAGAAGGCCCAGAACCAGAGCCAGAAUCAGGGGUGUCUGGAACCCACAGCGCCGCCGCUCCCUCCCCCUUCACCGCCACCACCAGGGCCACCAGAAUACCCGAGGCCUAAGCUCAUCUUCCACACCCAGCUGGCUCAUGGGAGUCCCACAGGCCGCAUUCAUGGAUUUACUAAUGUCAAGGAGCUGUAUGCCAAGAUCGCAGAAGUGUUCAACAUUACCCCCUCAGAGAUCCUGUUCUGCACUCUCAACUCUCAUAAAGUAGAUAUGCAGAAAUUACUUGGGGGACAGAUUGGACUGGAGGACUUCAUCUUCGCUCAUGUGAGAGGGGAGACCAAAGAGGUGGAGGUGACAAAGACAGAAGAUGCACUGGGUCUCACAAUCACAGACAACGGAGCUGGAUAUGCUUUCAUUAAGAGGAUAAAAGAAGGCAGCACCAUUGACCGGCUGAAGACAGUAUGUGUUGGAGAUCACAUCGAGGCUAUCAAUGACCAGAGCAUUGUAGGGUGUCGACACUAUGAGGUGGCAAAGAUGCUAAAAGAGCAACCAAGAGGCAUACCCUUCACUCUUCGCCUUGUGGGACCCAAGAAAGCCUUUGACAUGAUUGGAAUGAGGACUAGAGCGCCAAAAUCUAAUGAGGGCAAGAUGGUGAACGGGAAGGAGACACUGCGACUUCGUUCCAAGGGUUCCGCUACAGUUCAGGAAGUGCAGAAUGAAUUUGAAGAACGAGCCACCAAGAAAGUGGACGACUUGCUGGAGAGCUACAUGGGCAUCAGAGACUUGGAGCUGGCAACCACCAUUGUGGAAGCAGGCAAAGACAAGAAGAACCCUGAUGACUUUGCUGAGGCACUGGAUUCAGUUCUGGGGGAUUUUGCCUUCCCUGACGUCUUUUUGUUUGAUGUAUGGGGAGCUAUUGGAGAUGUCAAAAAUGGCAGAAUCUAG